AUGCCACCGACAACAACCCCAGCAUGGCUCUUGACGGGACAAUCGGGCCCCUCCAGCCUCGAGUUCAAACCAGAAUAUGAACUGCCGUCUCUCGGUCCGAAUGACGUCCUUGUCCGGAUCCACGCCGCGUCGUUGAAUUACCGCGAGCUGGCCAUUGCGAAUGCACGCAGGAAAAUUCAACAUCUCUCUCCCGGCCCCUAUAGUCCCAUGCUCCGACGGCGCAGGGGAAGUCCUCUCAAUCGGCCCCGACGUGUCCCGCUUCACCAGCGGCGACAAGGUCGUCGCACACCUCACCGUGGGCAAACCGGGUGACGCACCGACUACAUUCUCGGACAUAAACUCCGGGCUGGGUCACGGCGCGCACGGGACGAUGAGGAGGUAUGCUGUUUUCCAUGAGACGUCGCUUGUGAGGAUGCCUGCAACGCUGAGGUUCCGCGAGGCGGCGACGCUGACGUGCUCGGGCUUGACGGCGUGGAAUGCGCUUUUUGGGGCUGCGUUGCCGGGAAGAGGGAAGUUGGGGAAGGGGAGUAUUGUCCUUGUGCAGGGGAGUGGGGGUGUGAGUGUUGCUGCGUUGCAGUUUGCUCUCGCUGCUGGUGCAAGUGUCAUUGCGACGACGAGUUCGCCUGCUAAAGCUGAGAGGCUCACCUCGUUGGGUGCCCAUCACAUCAUAAACUAUGUGUCCACGCCAAACUGGGGAGAGGUUGUGAAAUCUCUUACGCCAGAUAGCAGGGGCGUGGAUCUUGUCGUCGAUGUUGGCGGUCCAUCGACUGUGGCGCAAUCAAUGAAAGCUGUCCGGCCUGAUGGGAUUGUUGCGUUGACGGGGCUGCUAGGUGCUGAAGAGCAUGUGCCCUCUAUCAUGGAUGGACUGGUUCAUCUCUGUACAACAAGAGGGUUCCUGUUAGGUACUCGGGUGCAGUUCGAGGAGAUGAAUAGGUUUAUUGAUGAAAAGGGGGGUAAGCCUGUGGUUGAUGACAGAGUAUUUGGGUUUAACGAGGUUAAAGAGGCUUAUGAAUAUUUGGAGAGUCAGAAACAUUUUUCGAAGGUUGUUGUUGAUAUUGAAUGAUGGUACAGAAUACAAGUGCUUACAGCAUAGUUUCGGCUCGAAGUUGGAAUACAAUAAAGCAUAUUGCAGUAAGUACAGGAUAGUUGAUAAUUGACCUGAUCCUUGAACCUUGUUAUUUAAUUCC